GGUGUGUGGGCCCGGGCGCUCGGGCAGCCAGAGCGACCCAGCGGCGGGGUGAGGCGGGUAGGCGCUCCUGCGCCUGCCACGGCCAGGCCAGGCAGCAUCCACGCCCUCUCGCGGAAGAUCACAGGGAACAGGUGGGCACUAUCAUCUGUGCCCUUAUUUUCCGUAGGAGCCGAGGGAGGCUGAGCGGGUGAGGAAGCGACCAGCCAUGCCGGGCCCACUCACCUGCACACCUGCCUGGCAAGGGCAGGGAAGAGCCGCGGCCUUCCUCUGCUGCUUCUUCCAGAGGGCAGGCGCCGUGGUGGGGGUGCCCGCCCGAUGGCAUCGCGGGAGGCUGAGCUCCCAGCAGCGGCUGAGGUCCUCCCUGGGUGGGAGCCACCCUUGUCCCCAGCUGGGCCGGCGGCUGGUGAGGGAGGGAGUGGUACCCGUGCCACGCCAGCAGGGCCGCAGGCGGUGCAGGGAGAGCUUCAGUCCGGCUGACGUGGCACCAGGGCCACUCUGCUCAGCUAACAUUUGCCUUUCAGGAGUCAGAUUCCCGACCUGUUUGAACAGAGUUAGGGAGCACGUGGUAGGGCCCAGCCCCGGCCCCAGCUGCUUCUUCCCAGUGGUCAAGGCGCUCUGCACCCUCCGCAGAGGGAGGUGUCAUUGUUUGCCCUUGCCAAAGAGGGGGAUGCAGAGGUGGAUGCUGCCUCUCAGGCGUGGGGCUCGCCUUUUGCCGCUCGCGAGUUCAAAGAACCCAAGAGCCAGGAGCCCAGGGCUCGACCUUCUAGGGUCCUCCGAAACCCUGUGGUCCCACCCAGGUGGGCACUAAGCUAUGGGAGAGACCAUAGCUGCAGAAAUCAACCUGCCCUAGGCAUAAAAUGCAAGGUCUCUGGACCCCAGGGCAGGGAUAUUAGAAAGCAGCUUCUGUUGGCUCCUAGGGGUGUGAAUCACCACAUCACCUGCAGGGGGCCCGGCUGUCUUUCUUCCCCCUCUUCUCUCUAAUCCUGAGUGCAGGGAGACAGCUCUCAGCAGUUUGUAGCCUGGUGUGGAGUAGAGGGUUCCUGCACCCUACACCUGAGCCCAUCCAGCGUCUGGGCCAUAGACCCUUCCGUUGAAGGCCCAGCCUGCCCCUGAGACGCUGUGUGCCCUUUUUCAACUUCCUUAGUCUCUGAGCAUCAGGUCUUCAUCUCUAAGAUAGAGCAAGAUGAGCACCUAAACGUUUCGCGGCUGAAAUGGGGUUGCCAGGAUGACAAGCAUGGCAGGGGCAAAUGGGGACAUCAGGUGACUGGCUGCGAGCCAGCAGAGGCCUCCACCCAGUGCUGGGAGGUGUCCAGCCCAUGGUGGCCAUCACUAUUCCUGGUGGGGCUUUGUUGCUUUUGCCUGCAGCAUCCGCUGGUUUCUCCAUUCUCCAAGUCUCUGCCCCUGCUCACACUUGGAGGCUGGACACAAACGUCACCACUUCCCUGAACCCCCCUAGGUGGGCUGGAAUCAGCACCUGGUGCAAAGCUCUGUGACACUGCUGUACCGCAUUAUGCAGAGCACACAGGACAGGCUCAUGUGCCUCCAGGCUGUGCCAGGAACCCGCUGCCUUUGCGUCAUCUCAGCCUUGGUCACAGCGUGUCUUUGGUGCCUCCGCUGGGUCAGCUCCUCCCAUUAGCCAUGCUGUCCAGCACGGGGGCCGCUGGUGCUUGCUGUGGGACUGAGCUGGACUCUAAGUGUAAACUACAUGGUAGGUUGUGAAGGAUGCAAAUAUCGAAUCGAUCAUUUUUUAUUGCAUA